AUAUAUUUAAUAGGCGGUCCUUGUUCAGGCUUGGCUUUAUCACGAUUGGAUAUCGUCUAAUCAAUUCACCGGAAGUUGUAAUGGUUGUUGAUAAUCCCAUUCAUAAAUUUUACGAGUAGUUUAUGAAUGAAACCUCAGUUACAACUUUAGAAGAGCAAGGAGAACGUCAUGAAAAUGAAUUUCAUAAAUAGCUUUACAUUUUUCAACAAUCUAGAACAGCAUUUAUCCGAAUCUACAGACAACAUUUUAUUAAUUGAUACGAGAUCAUAUUUAUCCUACAACGAAGAUCACAUUAUUGGUGCUUGCAAUGUGUACUGUCCUCCAAUCUUGAAAAGAAGAGUCAGAAACGGUGGAACAAUUCGUCUUGAAUCGAUGCUUGGUUGUGAAAUACAAAAUAAAUUAAAAACUGGACAAAUUGGUAGAAUUUACAUGUACGACGACGGAACAUACAUACAGAGCGGUGAUGAGAUGUCUGAUAUGUAUAUUGUUUGGACGUCCAUGUGUAAACUAGUAAACAGCAAAAACUGUUUCAUACUUCAAAGUAGUUUUAAAGAAUUCCAAAAGACAUAUCCACAUCUAUGCCAAACAUCCGAGUAUAUCCAGGUACACGAUACAACGGUAGAGAUGGACAAAGCCUGCAGACGAUCCUUGUACAGAACAGACUCCACACAGUCUGAGCCAAUAAUGCUAAAGGACUAUUUAUAUAUCGGAAACUCAGCUAAUGCCUCAUGUAAAGAAGAAAUGAUAAAUCUAGGAAUUACUGCCAUCUUGAAUGUCUCCAACACGUGCCAAAACCAUUUCUGCAGUGACUUCCGAUAUAAGACUAUUGCUGUGGAAGACGAUGGAUCGACAGAUUUAUCCAAGUGGUUUAGAGAGGCGAUCCAAUUUAUUGACAAUGAAAAAUACCGUGGAGGAAAGACGAUGGUUCACUGUCAUGCUGGUAUAAGUCGAUCAGCUACUAUUUGUUUGGCAUACAUCAUGUACAACGAAAAAAUAGAUCUUAAUACAGCUUUUGAGUAUGUCAAAUCCAGGAAACAUGAGAUUUCACCUAAUUUAAGUUUUAUGCAGCAGUUGUUGACCUUUGAAAAAGAAGUUCUAUGCAAAACACCGACUCCUGUAUCACCUUGUCGAUCAUGUUCAGUUCCUGCUGGAUUCUCCUUCUAUAAUUUUGGUAAUCUGUCAUCUCCAGUACUGGUAUCACCCACAGCAGACUUUACCUGAACAAUGGCUACUGAAUUUCUGGAAAACAACUGCCUAAUCAAGAAAGGUUGACCUGUGGAAGGUGCUUUGUCGACAGACUCCAAUGGUUGUGUUCAAAACCUAUAUAUGCAAGGACUUUAUAGAAAGUUUGAAAACUGUUAUUAGUCAGAUGUGACUAAAGAUUGACUACCCACAUGAUCAAUGUUGGCACCAGAAUUUUUAUUUUUAUACAUCUUUGUGUUUAUAUAGACAUUGUACCAUCAGGAUAAAUUUUAGUGUUGACCUUUUUAAAAUCCAGUGUUGCCGAAAUGCUUAAACUCUAAUAAACAUCUUAUCUCACAGACACAAAAAAAUGUGAAUUUAGUUUAAAUCAUGAAAAUCCUUUCUAAUCAUUUUAUUACUAGCAAAAAAUUUGUUGAUAUAUAGAAAAUGUCAAAGGUUUAUAAUUAGGAAAAAUUGUAAGCUCAUGUUCAAAAUUGUAGCAAAAACAGAUAUUAAAUUACUGUAAAGCCAAAAAAAAAAGGUUGAUUGAGGAGAUUUGUAAGAUAAUAUAAUUAAUCUGACCACCAAUUAAACGUUGAGAGUCUAGACACAGAUUUAAAUCUUAUAAAAAGUGCUGGUUAAAAGUUAAUACCUGUUGCAUAACAGAAGUUAUCUGUUGCACACUUAAAAAAUAGCAAACCAAAAACAAAAACAUUCUGAAUUGUAGUACAAGAGAGAACACAAUUUAUAUGUAAAAGAUUGAAUGCAUGAGAGUUGGAGCAAACUUGAGAUAUACACUUAAAAUGAUUGAACCUGUGAGAUUUAGGGCCAAACUUUCAAACUUGAACAGCAAACACUAGGCAUUGACAUCUUUUAAAAGUAUGUGCCACAUAAAUGUACAGCACUAUAUUGAUCAUGUUGGUCCCAUUGAUGUUUUGUUGUUACUAUGAAAUCCAAUUGUUAUACAGUUUACAUGUGAGUAACCUCAUGUCUAGUCAUUCCAUUUUUGUCAUGUUUUAAUAAAACUUGUUCAAAAUUUGUAA